AUGGUUGGCCGUCGCUUCGGGGCUCUUGCGCUCGCUCUUGCCUGCUCUUGGGACAUCCGCGGGGUCCUCGGAGGUGCUGUCCAGGCUCCUGUGCUAGUCCUCCCACCCGAGGCGGCGACAGAGUACGCUUGGGGGCACGAUGAUCUGAGUCCAGUGAGCAUGAGCUACUCUGACGCGUAUGGUGGCUGGGGUGCAAGUAUUGUGGAUGCAUUGGAUACAAUUGAUAUUUUCGAGGAGGCCGUCAACUUCACGCUGGCGCUCGACUUCACCGUUACUCCCACCGACGAUCAGAUUGAUCUAUUUGAGACGACGAUCCGAUACGUCGCUGCAGCGCUCUGCGCCUAUGAGCUCAGUGGCUAUAAAUACCCCGGCCUCGUAGACCAAGCCAAGGUGCUUGUCGACAACAUGGCCUAUGCCUGGGUUGGGGAUAACGCUGUGCCAUAUGGCUACAUGAACUGGAAUCAGUCGACCCCAGUUACUGGACAAACGCUCACGAUGGAAUGGGGAGCACUAUCGAACUUCACCGGUAACCAGACAUACAGAGAGCUCGCUGAGAAGGCCGUUAUUUGGAUCGCGAACUUGCCUCCUCCAUUGCCGGCGUUGCCUGCGCAAGGCAUUGAUCCUGCCACCGGCCAAUUCGUAGGAUCGUACGUGAGCUGGGGCGGAGGAUCCGACAGCUACUUCGAGUACCUGAUCAAAUGGGCGCGUCUCUCAAACACGGACAACAACAUCUUCGCAGAUGCUUGGGCCGCUGCUGUCGACUCCUCCAUCCAAAACCUGGCACGGACAUCGACCGUGCUGGACUGGCAAUACAUGGCUGAUUGGGACGAUGGCACUAUCAUCCACAUUGGUUCUCACCUCGAGUGCUACUUGGCCGGGAAUUGGAUGCUCGGCGGCAAACUGCUGAACAAUGAAACCAUCGUCAACUAUGGCCUCGCGCUCAUGGAAUCUUGCUGGAACACCUACGCAAGCACUGCCACCGGCAUCGGCCCCGAAUACUUCGGUUACUUCUCUUCGGAUGGGAACUACACCGGCUCGUCGCCGUCGGACGGGGACAUCGCGUUCUAUGAGAAGCACGGCUUCUUCAUAUACCCCGGCGAGUCGGACUACUACCUGCGCCCGGAGGUGCUCGAGAGCAACUUCUACGCGUGGCGCGUGACGGGCGACCCGAAGUACGUCGAGCGCGCGGCCUCCGCGCUCGACAGCUUCAUGUACUACCUCGAGGUGCCGUCCUCGUAUGCGGGCAUCGACGACGUCGACGCGACCGACUCGGCGUUCAUCGACGACAUGCAGAGCUUCUGGUUCGCCGAGGUACUCAAGUAUCUCUACCUGACGUUCGACGACCCGAGCAACAUCAGCCUUGAUGACUACGUAUUCAAUACGGAGGCGCACCCAUUCAAAGCGCCGCCCGCGAAGCCCGUGUACGGGAGCGGCACACCGCUUAGUACGAAUCCCUCCGCAUUCAAGUCCACUAGCGGCCCUCUGCCGGAGGUCAGCCCUGCCCCGGCAGUUGCGCCCAAGCCAGUCGCAUCAGGACUGUAAGGACUGGUCUGCAGCGAAAAAGGUAUUACGAGUGCAGGUCUCUGCUCCAUCGAACG